AGGAGAGGGAAAGAGAGAGAAGGAGAGGGCAUCCCAGUUCUCGCAGCCACUGGGAAUCAAGUGAUCCAACUCCGUCUUGGUCUUCAAGCAAACAAACAAACAAACAAAAAUGGGCCGUGGGAAGGGUGAAUGUGGGUACGGACCCGCCCCUCCUCAGCUUCCUAUAAAAGCUGGGGACCAGGUACUGCCGAUACACACACCAUGAGGCCCUCCAGGAGACAAGGGACCCUUCUGCUGGACUUCGUGCUGCUCUGCACCCUCCUGGGUCUUGGGUGCCCACUACGCUGCGAAAUAUGUAAGGCGCCCGGAAGCAGGUGCCAUGGCCAAAUAAGGACCUGCAGCAGCGACAAGGACACAUGCAUGCUCCUGGUGGGGAAGGCUACUUCAAAGGGCAAGGAGUGGGUGCACACCUACAAGGGUUGCAUCAGGUCCCAGGACUGCUACUCCGGCGUUGUAUCCACCACCAUGGGCCCCAAGGACUACAUGGUAACCAGAUCCUUCUGCUGCCAGAGCGACGGCUGCAACAGUGCCUUUUUGUCUGUUCCCUUGACCGAUCGUACUGAGAAUGGCCUGAUGUGCCCUGCCUGCACUGCAACCUUCAGGGACAAAUGCAUGGGGCCCAUGGCCCGCUGUACUGGUCAGGAAAACCACUGCGUCUCCUUAUCUGGACACGUGCAGGCUGGUAUCUUCAAACCCAGAUUUGCCAUGCGGGGCUGUGCUACAGAGAGUAUGUGCUUCGCCAAGCCUGGUGCUGAACUGCCCACAGGCACCCAUGUCCUCUUCCUCCACCAUACAGAGUGCACUCACUCCCCCUGGAAAGCUAUCUGAACCGAGGAAGAUAUACGUGGUGUGAAGUCCCCAUUUGUCCUCAGCCUGUAACUCCCCGUGUGCCUAUAAAGAAGUUAAUAGAG